UAAAAGAUUAAUGGCACAGGAGUAAAAAAAAACAAACACAAAAUUGAAAAAUCUGAAGAUCAAAGUCAAAGCAACCAUUCAAAAUUCAAAACGACUAGUUUCGGAUGAAUGUCAAAGAAAGCUACAGAAAUUGGUUGUACAAAUUUUAGUUAUUUUAUAUAAGAGAUGAUUUGUGGAUUGCUGCAGUCGUGCAGUCAGUCUCACAAAGUAUAUACAUGGCUUUCACACAGAGUGUCACAUCUGUCAGACGUCUCCGUCAAUUUUUAGGUUAGCGCAAACGCAAACUUACUUUUAACUUUAACUGUAAUCUGUGACUGUACGGCAUUGUGUUUAAUGCAGUUUGAGGUGUUUUGGAAUUGAGGUUUCAGAAUUUUUGAAUAAUUUAAUUACCCUCACUAUAUGAACACAAGAGCAGAAAUAGACUGCAAACAUGGUCAAGGAUAGUAAUCCAAGCCUUAAAAAAAAGCGGAAAGUAGAUGAUAGUGAAAAAGAAACAGAGACCGAUUUAUAUAAGAGAGUUGUAGAGUUUGAAGAAAAAGAAGCUGUUAACCACAAAAACUCCCAGGAUGCUAAAAUGUUUUUUGAUUUGUGUCAAGAUAUUAGAGAAAGUAUCCAACGUAUACAUGCCCACAAAAAAAAUGCUUCAUCAAAGGAAUCAGUUCUGAAAGAACUGCAAUUUGAUAUUUUUGUUAAGUUAUGCAUUAUCAAAAAGUUGAACAGAAUUGACAAGCUGAAACAUGUUGUUGAACGAGAAACUUUAGCUGUAGAAAAACAGAAGUGCGACAGUAUAAAAUUAAAUUACCAGAAUUUGGUGUAUGAACUACAGCACUUAGUAGGUGAAAUUAAGAAAUGUCUUGCAUUCAAGUCUAAAGAUGAAGAUAUAGAACUGGUACCAUUUGAAGAGUUCAUGAAAGAUGCUCCCAAGGCACUGACUGAAAAAUUUAUUGAGUAUAAUCCAGGUGACCCAGAACAAGCACAUAGCUUAAGAUUGACUAGACUAGAAUGGGAAUUAACACAGAGGAAAAAUCUGGCACAACUCUGCAAGUCAUUGGUUGAAGAGAAGCAGAAGCUAGAAGAAGACUUGAUAGAACAUAGGGAAAAACUAUCUGCAUUGGGUCCAUUAUUGGAGAAUGUAGUGAAAGCAACUCAUCCAUUACAAGAACAUCUACAGAUUUCAGAACAUGAGAGGAGGGUUGAACAUCAUUUGGCACCCUUGCUGCCUGAACCUCUGUACAUAUUUUAUGUGCAUAUUGCUGCCUACAGGAGUGUACACAAUAUAAACCUCGAGGUUGAAGUGUUGGGGGAUGCUACAGACGCAGAACAGUGGAAGGAAGCUGCUGAACUGUCUGAUAUACUGAAUGAGGAGGAAUCUGAACAGGAAGCUGAUGCUCAAGAAAUAGAGGAAGUUAUAAAACCAAAGAAACGUAGACACCGCAAAUCCGCUGUUCAGGAAGUUGAGGAAGUUGAUCCAUUAGAAGAAAAGAAGAAAAAAUUACUGAAAACUCAUCCACUCUCCAUUCAGGUUACAGCGGCUAUAGAUCAACAUUUUUCUCUGGUUAUGCAGUUACGUUAUUAUGAUAAAUUGAAGAUAAUAACAGUUUCUUCAGACGUAAAGAUACCUUCUGACGUCACUGCUAACACAGCAAGGGAAAUUCUGUGUGGUGAAUCUGUAUUAUCAGGCCUGACAGAUGACGAUGAUGAUGGCAGAGAAUCUCCAAAUCCGGCAGUCUCUUAUCAGCUGAAGCGAGCCGGAUUCUCCUGUUUCGCUCAGGUAGUGAAUGAAAUAGGCCACCCCUAUCGCUGGGCGCAGCGGGUUUGUGGUACCGAUUUCCUCACCAAACAGACAAAUGACAGUAAGAUAGCCAACUCUAAUGUCGAAACUGUGGUGAAAUCGCUUUUCAAGUCCCUAAAAGCGAGAUAUGACUUGGCCAAGCAGAUGCAAAUGUUAGAACAAAACAAGGUAUCGGAAGUGCCAACAUCCCUUGAUCUUCCGCCAAUCGUAGGAUCUUUUCCAUCUAAAUGGUCAUCUGCUACAUAUCAUCAGUUUUGUCAAGCUGAGUUUACGCAACAUCAACUUGAAGAAGAACUUGUGUCAUCAAGUGAUAUGUUUUAUUCUUUGAGGGUGUCUAGAGAUAAUGCUGUACUGGACGCAUUUGUGGUGAUCAGGAAAAACUAUCCUGUAGUUCCACCGCUAUUCGCACUGUCAGUCAACUAUGAAAAGAAAAAGCAUCAUUUCCUAAAUUGUGAAGAUAUACGGGAUAUUGAAAGGACCAUAAACACAUCAUGGGCUAUUACAAGUGGUAAAGAAUCUUCAUGGCUGCUAGCCGCUCAAGUGACUAAUUUGUGUGCCUGUCUUGAUAUGUUCUUGGAAACGACGUUUCCAGCUAAGUUUUCUCAGAAGACUUCAUUUAUAUGGAGCAGUUGUGGAAGAAACAGAAGAAGGCCAUACAAGUACAAAAAAAUGGGAACUGGAUUAUUUACUCAAUAUUAAUGUAAUUUUCUAUACUGAAUUAUACGUUGGGAAAGGACGUAUGAACCUGAAGAAACAGAUACGAAUAUACUAAACUGGUGACGUACGGUCAAAAUUUGAUCAUACUACGUAUAUUUUGAUUUACUUCCGCUGACUUACGAUAACUGAAGACUAGAUGUUAGUACGGCGAAAAACAAUGACAUUUCUAUCACAAUGGGCACAUCGACAAAAUGGAAAUUUUAAUAGCUGAGUGUUUUUUUUUUUUUAGGUUUAUAGUCGUUUUUGUAACUCGGAC